ACUGAUGAAAUCAACUUCCUGAGAUACAUCUUUGAGGAGGAACUGUGUCAGAUGCAGGCAAUCAGCCGGGACCUGUCUGUGGUGGUGUCUAUGGACAACAACCGGCACCUGGAUUUUGACAGCAUCAUUGAGGCGGUCAGGCGCCAGUUCGAGCAGAUUGCUCAGAACAGCAGAGCUGAAGCUGAGGCUUGGUACCAGAGCCGGUAUGAAGAGCUGCAGAACACUGCUGGGAGGCAUGGCGACAGCCUCCGCAACACCAAGAUAGAGAUCCAAGAGUUGACCAGGAACAUCCAGAGGCUGCGGGCCGAGAUUGAGAAUGUGAAGAAGCAGAAUCAUCAGCUGCAGUCAGCUAUUGCUGAGGCCGAGGAACGGGGUGAGAUGGCCCUCAAGGAUGCCAGGAGGAAACUGGAAGAGCUGGAAUGUGCCCUGAGCAAAGACAAGGAAGAGCUGGCUCGCUUGUUGAAGGAGUACCAGGAGCUGCUGAACAUCAAAAUUGCGCUGGACGUUGAGAUUGCCAUGUACAGGAAGCUGCUGGAGGGAGAGGAGAACAGGCUCUGUGGAGAUAACCCAUCCAAUGUCAAUGUCUCUGUGGUAGGCAGAACCACCAUUGCUGGAGGCAGAGCUGGUGGCUUUGGAGCCAGCAAUGGCAUGGGAGGAGGAGUAUGUGCAGUUGGAGGAGGAAGCAUCAUUGGAGGCAGCUGUGGCGUGGGAGGAGGAAUACUCAGUGGUGGCUUCUCUUCUGGGAGUGGAAGAAUGUGCAGCUCCGCAGGUGGCAACUUCAUCUCAGGAGGUGGAUCCUCCUCUGUGCGGAGAUGUGUCACAACCACGACGGUCAAAUCUUCAGGUGUAAAAUACUGA